AUGGCCUUCCAAGUACUCAAAGAACACCAACUUUAUGGAAAAUUUAGCAAGUGUGAGUUUUGGUUAAGGUCGAUUUCUUUUCUUGGCCAUAUUAUCUCUGGUGAUGGUGUAGAAGUUGAUUCGAAGAAGACAGAUGCAGUUAGAAAUUGGCCUACACCUUUGACUCCCACAGACAUAAGGAGUUUCUUGGGUCUAGCCGGAUAUUAUAGAAGAUUUCUUGAUGGAUUUUCGUCCAUUACUUCUCCUUUGACAUCUUUGACCCAAAAGAAGGUGAAGUUUGAGCGGUCUGAAGUUUGUGAGAAAGGUUUUCAAGAGUUGAAAGAUAAGCUUACCUCCGCUCCAAUUUUGACUUUAUCGGAGGGCAAUGAAGGCUUUGUAGUGUAUUGUUAUGCUUCUCGAGUGGGAUAG